AUGACAAAAUCAACCAAAGGAAACCUUCACGUGGUGGAAGAGAUUUACAACCAAAUACCAGCAUUUACUGAUGUUUUCUCUGAAGACACUUUCUAUAUUUUUGUUGCAAUAUUUGUUUCUUGCACCAUUAUGGUUGCUUUUGUUUUAUCUAGAUUUGUAACUAUAAAGCCUGUAGAGUAAUGUAGUUUUAUCAAAAUUAUUAAAAUGUAAUAUUAAAUGUGAA